AUGCAUCCCCCAUUGACGAAGUUCGCUUGCGCCAAGAAGACGUCGGCACCGCCCGUCAAGUCUGGCACGAAUGGGGCAGCUAGAACGAGCUCAUCAUCGAAAGCAGAGAACUCAAAUCCUGCCAUAUGGGGAACACUGGCUCUCUACCUUGGCCUCUUCGGCGUAGCAAGUCCAAUCAUCUUGGCUCUUUACAACUACUAUCUUCAUCCCAUUGCACAUGUGGAAGGACCAUUCAUCGCGUCAAUAUCUCCGAUCUGGCUGAUUCGGUCCGUAUCAGGACAUCGACUCAAUAACGACAUCGAAAAGGUGCACGCCGAAUACGUCGUUGUGCCCCCAGGACCUGUCGUUCGUAUCGGCCCCAACGAACUUUCGUUUGCCACAGAAGAUGCGCUCAAGACUAUUCACAACCCUGGCCCCGACGGUGGUCACUUUACGAAGCAGGGGACUAUUGAAUCUCUGCUGGCCAAACUCAUUUGGGCAGCUCCAAAUCUUUUGACCACCACCGAUCGAACUGCACACAAGAGACUGCGUACCGCAUUACAGCCAGCCUUCACAGCCAAGGCGUUGAUGGAGCAGGAAGAUAUCGUUCAACACCACGUGACUCGGGCCGUCGAGUCUCUAGGUUCAAAACUUCAUGAGGGCAAGAUUGUGAGUAUCAGUGAUCAUGUUGGAAAUAUGAUUUGGAGCAUCGUUGGAGACUUGUCUUUCAGAGAGCCGCUCCUCCAUGAUCAAAUGAGCACGUACGAAAAAAUGAAAUACACUUAUGGGAAAGGAGCGCCACUCCUAGAACUCUUUCAAUUUCUGACAGAAACGCCCAUCUUCGGUGGGCUCGCAAAGCUACCAGUCAUGAUAGUUCCACACAUUUUCCGCGUCCCCAAAAAUUUCCUUCUGAUGAAUCAACUCAGAGGCUGCAUCGAGCGCCAAGGAGGGCGCAAAGACUUUUUGACCGCCAUCUUAUCCGCCAAAGAAUCUGCCGGAUUGACACAGCCGGAGAUGUUGAGUAAUUCGGCCUUAUUCGCCAUGGUUGGUUACGAUACUUCCGCUACAACUCUAUCAGCAGUCUUUUACCACGUGUUGCGGGACCCAGACCACUACCAGCGGGUUCAGGGAGAAGUCCGAGAAGCAUAUUCCUCAAUCUCUGACAUCACGGCUCAGAGUGUGCUCCGACUCCCAUAUUUGAAUGUCUGCGUCUAA